AUGUUUAGAGAUUGUAGGACACCUCCGCCGCUGCCAAAGAAAACGACAACAGCGGCAGCCGAAAAGGAAGGGACAUCGCUGCCAAUCUAUGAAAUACGGCAUUCCCCUCCGACCAAAAAAGUAUAUCACUAUGGAAGAUUUGUUCCCGAGUACCAUGCUCCCCUCGCACCUGUGCCAACGAUCCCGUCACCUAGUGCGGUGACCUGGCCCAGUGUGUACAUCCCUGGCAGUCCCGAGCUUCCUCCUGGACUGUCUCACGAGAUGGAAUGGGAGCUCGCCUACAUUGAUCGUUACUGGCAAAAGAAAGAACACAAGGAGGAGCAGCAGGAGGCCAAACAAAAAAAGGAGCCCAAGAUGCCGUACUGGGCCCUGAGCACAGUUGGUGGAAGAGAUCAUCUCUGGCAUUGGCCCGUGGGCAUUGGUCCCCGCAAAGAAUACGAAUCAGACCUUCCCGCCGCAAGAGGCAAGGAAUGGUGGAGAGACUGGAAGUAG